AUGAUCUCGGGUUUGUAUCAUGUGUCUUUUGGAAUAAUCUCUAUUAUGUUACAGGAACUGAUAUUGUUAAAUGUUGCCUUUAUAGAAUGCAAAAAUUUGGUAGAGAAAUUAUUCAAAAGAGAAAAAUUCGAAGAAGGUAUAUUUUCUGAUUUAAGAAAUUUGAAAUGUGGUAUUGAUGCAAUAUUAGAACAACCCAAAUCAGCAUUCCUACAGUUUUUAUUUAAGAAUAUUUGUCUCAAGACUCAAAAGAAACAAAAGGUUUUUUUUUGGUUUAGUGUCCCACAUGAUAAAUUAUUCGCUGAUGCUUUGGAAAGAGAUUUGAAAAGAGAAACUUUAAGACAAAAAUCAACAACAAGAUCUGUAAUGGAACCUGCAUUAUCAUUCAACUUUAAUUUAUUAUCAGAUAAAACAUUGUAUGAACAACUGAUAGAAUAUAUGGAUUCUCAGAGACGCCAGCCCACUAGCACAAAUGAUACGAUUUCAGAUAAUAAUAAUAAUAAAAAUGACCGGCAUAAUAAUUACUUUCCUCCACAUAUUACAAUGGAAGGACAUCACCCAUCCAUAUACAAAACACAAACACAGUCAAUGACAUCCUUAAAUGAUAUAAUACCUCUGCCGCUGAAUGAUCACAAUAAUGAACCACUCGAUAAUGGAAUAUCAAAUAUACCACCGUCAUCUGUUACGCGAUCGAAUGAAAUGAUUUCUCAACCAAUGAAUAUUCCCAUACCCCAUGAUAAAGAUGAAAAUGGUAAUAACAAAAGUGGAACCAGCAGUGAAGAUAUCAAUAUUCAUCUGUUUGAUGAUGUUGAUGAUGGUGAUGAUGGUGAUGAUGAUGAUAAUAAUAAUGAAGGAGAACAAAAAGAUGUUGCAACUAAUGAUGAAGGUGUCAUAUUACACAACGACGAUGAAGCAUUCCCUCUAGAUUAUUUCCCAAUUUCAGUGGAAUAUCCCAAUGAGGUUGUGGAACCUUUUAUAGAUCCAUUUCAACAACAUCAACAGCAGCAACGUCAAAUACAGCAUGGCAUUAUGUCUCCGAAUUCUGCCACAACAAGCAGGUCACAACAACUGCCACUCAUGGUCCAACCAUCAUCUUUUAAUUACUCUAAUCAAGAUUCCUUACCACCAUCAUCCGUCUUCAUGAACGACCUACAACAACCUCAAUCUGCAUCUUAUUUAUCUACUUUAGUGUCACCAACAUUGGGAUCUUUGUCUGCAACCAGGCCCCACUUUAUGACAAAUGGAGAGUAUUAUGAAUCAUUACAAAAUCAACAACCAUUGCAAUUGAAUACCGAUGAAGUAACUACAAUAGAUGAACAUUUAAAUAAUCAAGAACAAGAAAAAAAUAGCGACAAUAACAGUAAGAGACUGCCGUAUGCAUCAGAUCAACAACUCUAUCAGCAACAACAAAUGGCCAUGUAUCAAAUGCAACCGUAUGCCAAUCCAUAUUAUCCAUCUAUCCCUGCAAGGUCAAUAACCAAUACAACAGUACAAGAAUUCCCUAAUAAAUAUUUAGAACCUAAUGGUAUUUCAACAUUUGGAAGUUAUGAAUUCUCUCCUAUACAAGAAAAUUUCAAUACAGGGUUUCCUCUGCCGCAAGAUCAUUCAGUAUGGGGAUUUGUACCACAACAAGCCAUGCAACCUCCUAAAUCUGCCACAUUGGCUCAUAAUCAACAGUUUCUACCACAACAGUCUUCUACUACUGCAAGUGGACAAAUACCUCCACAAUUAUCAUUCGCGUAUAGGACCACUCCCACGACUACAAUAAUGAACACACAGAUAGCAACGAAACCAACAGACCAUCAAGAAGUUGUGGAACUAUCAAAAUCAAGGAAAUCUCCAUAUACUAGUGUAAAGAUAUUACAAAAAUUAGGAAAAUCAAAUAUAUCAUUAUCAUCACCUACUAUACCCACAUUUGUAUCAAUGAAACAUAAUGGCCGAAUAAAUAAACCAUUACAUAUAAAACCAAGCUCUUAUCAAAAACAGCUUAGUAAAAUAUCAAGGCAUGCAUCAAACCUAAGUGAUAAAAGGGAACUCGAUAAAGACGCUUCUAACCACGAAGGUAGUGCUGAUGAUGAUGAUGAUGAUGAUGAUAAUGAUGAAAAUAAUGAUGCUAAUGAUGAAUUUCAUAAAAUAGUAGGUGAUGGGUCAACAGGUAAUAAUUUUUGA